AUGGAACCCUCUGCUCAAUCUGUCGCGUGGCCGAUGGCCGAUUCCGCCCUUGCGCAGGAAAUCUUGGAUCUCUUGCAACAAGCCACACACUACCGUCUGGUUAAAAAAGGAGCCAACGAAGCCACGAAGACCCUUAACCGAGGCACCUCCGAAAUCAUUGUUCUCGCUGGAGAUGCUAGCCCGCUCGCGAUCUUGUUGCACCUCCCCCUACUCGCGGAAGAUAAGAACGUGCCAUACGUUUUCGUUCCUACCAAGAUGGCGUUGGGUCGGGCAUGCGGUGUCAGCCGAGCUGUUAUCGCGGCUAGUAUCACUUCGAACGAGGCUAGUGAACUCGCUCCUCAGAUCAGAGAGCUAAAAGCAAAGGUGGAACGGCUUGCAAUCUAG